AUGUCUUAUUCUUCACAUGUACCUUCAGAAGAUUGUGAUGAUCAAGGUGCUUGUGAUGGCGGCCAUGGAGUGUGCAGAGAGUCCUGCCUCCGCCUGGAGCGUCAAGUACAGUGCAGCAUCAACCCUGUGUGUGAUGAAGGCUACGGAGUGUGCAGAGAGUUUUGUUUGAAGGAGGAACUAGAGGUGAAAGAUGGAUGUGGUGACUCUGCUUGCAAGUGCUGCUCAUCUCGUCUGGCCACCUGCAAUGCCUCUAAUAGCUGUUCUGGCAUCUGCACAGAUAAGAUUGUGAUGAUCAAGGUGCUUGUGAUGGCGGCCAUGGAGUGUGCAGAGAGUCCUGCCUCCGCCUGGAGGGGUCAAGUACAAUGUUAUGCUCAACCGAUAUGUAAUGGAAGCAAUGGUGUGUGUAGAGAACGUUGUUACAGUGGUGAGCUUGAGGUGGAGGGAGGAUGUAUCAGUCCUGGUUGUAAGUGCUGCACUCCACGAUACACCAACUGCCCUGUUACUAACAACUGUUCGGGUGUUUGUAUGGACGUUAAACUCUGUAAAAAUCCUCUAGCAAACAACAGUUGUAUUGGAUCCGACUGUAUUUGUUGUGACAAGUGCAGCAUCAACCCUGUGUGUGAUGAAGGCUACGGAGUGUGCAGAGAGUUUUGUUUGAAGGAGGAACUAGAGGUGAAAGAUGGAUGUGGUGACUCUGCUUGCAAGUGCUGCUCAUCUCGUCUGGCCACCUGCAAUGCCUCUAAUAGCUGUUCUGGCAUCUGCACAGAUGUUAGAACGUGUACUAAUCCUUUGGGAAACAACUGCUCUGGCUUGAACUGUGUGUGUUGUGAUAAUUCUUAUUUACAAGUCCUAGUUGCUAGUUGGGUUCGCACAAGUCAGUUCUUAAGGCCUAGGAUGAGUACCGGAAUUUGGAAACUGGAUGUACUGACUGACGACGCCGUCCCGUUCUCUCUACGUCCUCAUACACAAUAUAAAAUCCAUUUAGGUUUAAAUUCUACAGAAAAUCUACUAAACUCAUAUUACCUCCCUUCAGGAAAUGAAAAUAAACCGAGGCAAUGA